AUGCCGGUCAGUGGUUAUGAUACACAUGAUGAUGGACCGGGAUUUGUAGGCAUCAGGUUUUGUCAGGAAUGCAACAACAUGCUUUACCCAAAGGAAGAUAAGGAAAAUAAAGUUUUACUUUAUGCAUGUAGGAAUUGUGAUUACAAACAAUUGGCUGACAGUAACUGCAUUUAUGUAAAUAAAAUUAUGCACGAAAUCGAUGAACUGACUCAUAUAGUGUCUGAUGUGAUAUCUGAUCCAACUUUACCUCGCACUGAACAGCAUCCAUGUCCCAAAUGUAACCAUAGAGAAGCAGUCUUUUUUCAAGCUCAGACACGCAGAGCUGAAGAAGAGAUGAGACUGUACUAUGUAUGUACAAAUCAGCAUUGCACUCAUAGAUGGACUGAAUGA